AUGCCGCUGGUAAAGAGGAACAUCGAGCCUCGUCACCUCUGCCGAGGGCAGCUGCCAGAAGGCAUCGGCAGUGAGCUGGAGUGUGUGAUGAACAACACGCUCUCUGCCAUCAUUCGUCAGCUGAGCAGUCUGAGUAAACAUGCUGAGGACAUUUUUGGAGAGCUGUUCAACGAAGCCAACACCUUCUACUUGCGCGCCAACUCUCUGCAGGACCGCAUCGACCGGCUGGCCGUGAAGGUCACCCAGCUGGACUCCACGGUGGAGGAAGUUUCCCUGCAGGAUAUUAACAUGAGGAAAGCCUUCAAGAGCUCUACCGUCCAGGACCAGCAGGUGGUAUCGAAGAGCAGCGUUCCAAAUCCUGUCAAAGAAAUAUACAACGUGAGCGACAAGCCGCCCCCGCUCCACAUUCUCUCAGUCUACAGAGACGACCACAAGGAAGCGCUUAAAUUCUACACCGAUCCGUCGUACUUCUUUGACCUGUGGAAGGAGAAGAUGCUGCAGGACACAGAGGACAAGAGGAAAGAGAAGAGGAAGCAGAAGGAGCAGCGUCGCUGUGUGGAUGGGACGUUACAGAGGGAGGUGAAGAAGGUUCGUAAGGCGAGGAACCGUCGACAGGAGUGGAACAUGAUGGCUCUGGACAAGGAACUGAGGCCUGACCACCGACAUACCAUACACCGUGACAGAGGAGCUUCAUCCGAAGGCUCCAUGUCCCCAGAGAACAGGGGUCACCGAGCCGAUGAGCAUCACUACCCCAACGCCAUGAACCAUGCCGGUCACGCACACACUUACUCCGGGCCUCCGCCCAGUGCGCUGGCCGCACAGAUGUCUGCGGGACACGCUGCUGCUCGUGGAGGUGGAGAACUGGAGGGCAGAGGCAGAGCCAUGAUGGCCUAUCAGGGCGGGACACUGGGACGUUCUCACCACCAUCAGCAGGUCCCACUGCCUCCCCCACCCACUGAGGCUAUGAACGGUGGAUCUAUGGCUCUACCACCUGUGGACUACAGUAUGGAUGGGUACAUCAACUCUGGCUCUCCCCCUCCUCCUCCUGCUCCUCACAUCCCCUCUGCCCAGACGGCCUUUGCCUUAUCUCCUGGAGGUCCCAUGUCUCCUGGACCAAUGGCUGGCUACGCUCCACCUCCGCCACCUGUGUCGGGAGCUCAGAUGGCUCCACCUCCUCCACCUCCUCCUGGUCCUCCCCUGUCAGCGGGUGCCUUCCACUCCGCAACUCGCAAGAUGUCCUCCUCUGCUGCCCCUGAGACUGCAGUGGUCAGUGACGCCCGCAGUGAUCUGCUCGCUGCUAUACGCAUGGGCAUCCAGCUGAAGAAGGUGCAGGAGCAGCAGGAGCAGCAGGCCAAGAGGGAGCCCGUGGGAAACGACGUGGCCACCAUCCUGUCGAGACGCAUCGCUGUUGAAUACUCCGACUCGGAGGACGACUCCGAGCUGGAGGAGAACGACUGGUCUGAUUAACACACAAACACACACACAUACACAAACACACAGAAGACCCAAUCACUAAUAAUCUUAGGCACAUACACACAUGAAGAAGAUGAAGAUGAAGACCAAGAAGACACAAUCGGUCGUUCCUACGCUCACGUGAAGGAAUGCCCACUGCUGUGAACACACCUACACACGAUCACAUGCUGAGGAGGGAGUAUUCAGGCUGCAUAAAUACUGUAGAGAGAGCAGUAGUGGAAGUAAACGCUGACCAGACUGUGAACCAUUAACUCUCAGUUUAAUUUGAGAGGCUGUUGUGAAUACACCCCAGUGAAUCUGUCUCUACCUGAUGUAACACGAUAGACACCGUAUGAAGGUGCUGUAGUCAGAGCCCGAGAGACUUCUAGAAGUAUUAGAGAUGUUCCUCUUCAGAUAACCUAUGUACUUGGUUUUUGUUUUUUUAAGAAAAUAAUCUUUUUACUGAUAAAAUCGCUUAUUGCCAUAGAUCAGGAGGCGAGUUUUUAACACGUAGAUGAAAAUAACUGGAAGUGAAGAAACAAAGUCAGAAAGCUGCUGCUGCUGCUGCUGCUGCUGCUGAGGAGAACGUCCAGAAUGCUGUAAGGAUGAGUGAGAAGGAAAAAUGUGUCACUGCACUGAGCAAACCUUGGUCUUGUUCUACACGUGUGACCAUGUGGUUACUUCCUGUGUGUACAGUCACCAUACUUGAACGUCUACAUUUACCUCUUCCCUAAAGAAAACAGUAGCAAGAUGAGCAGAAUCAUAGACAGGUAAAGAACUUUUCACUCAGUCUUUCUGUUGCGUGCUCUACAUCAUGUUAACCCAAACUUUUUUAGGCUAAAAUGCUAAAAUGCUUUUAUCAUUUUCUACACCAUCUAUUGAGGAAACAUUGGUAUUGCAGAAGUAUAAUGAUUAUAUAAAUAAUAUAUUAUAUUAUAUAAUUUUGAAAAGUUGGCGGGUGGAUUAAAAAAGCUGAACGGGCCGUAUCCGGCCCCCGGGCCUUAGUUUGCCUAUGCCUGUGUUAACCACUGUCUGGUCCAACUUUGUUACUUCCUAAUAUUUACCAUCAAUAACAGGAAGUAUCCAUACGGUCACAUGGUCCCGACCAAGAAAGGUUUCCAUUUUAGGCGGAGUAGUGAACAUGGACUGUAUAUUAAACAUGUCUUUCAGAGACAACUAUGAAACUUGUUCAGUCUUUUCCAGGCUUCAAAGAUCCUGAUAUACAGUCUGUGAUGGUCGGAUCAUGUAAAAAAAUAAAGUCUUAACAUUUGAUGAUAAAUAUGAGUCUUCUGACUCACAGCUGUUUAGAUUUAGGGACUAGCCGGGUGGGGAGGGUUAGGGGCGGGGCCUUGUACUGUAUAUGCUUGUGUAAACUGUGUAACCUUUGACCCAGAGAGGAAAAAAACGAAAUAAAUAAACUGAUGAAUGAAAGCAUCACAACUGAGCUUCCGUCCACUUCCCCUGGCUGCUCCAGCGUCGGCAUGGAGACGACACAUACCUGGCUCCCACACUUCAGUUCCCAUGGCAACGGUACAACUAAGAGGGGAGUUGCCACAGAAACAGAAGAGUGGGGGGAAAAAAAAGUAAAGACGGCUGGGCGGAGGUGAAGAAAAAAACAAAAACAAAAAAACAGUCCAGACAGGAGUUCUUAUGCACUGCACAUGUUUGUUUUUAAUAGAAAAAUUAACAAGAUCUGUCCAGAGUUAAAGUGAACUAACCAAAGCAAUAAAAAGGUACAACUAACACUUUGGAAAAA